AGGACAUAGUCAUUCAAUGCUUGAUUUCUCGUGUUCGCAUUACUAGCCCCAUAAAAGCAAUCAACAUGAAUAUAAUUAUUUUCUUGUAUCUCGCUUUGUUUGGCAACAUGAUAUUGGCUAGCCAUUUAGAGGAGGAUCAUGGUGGUUCAACAUAUGAAGAGAAAACAAAAACUGUGGAAAUUCCAAUUAUUAAGAAAUUUGCUAUACCUAUUCCGCAUCCUGUACCUGUUGAAGUGCCUAAAGAAAUUAAAAUACCAGUGCCUCAACCAUAUAAAGUACCAAUCGAAAUCCCUCACCCAUACCCAGUGGAAGUCAUUAAACACGUCGAGAUACCCAUUGAAAAACCAGAGCCAUAUGUUGUCGAAAAACAUGUUCCUUAUGUUGUGGAAAAGCCAUAUCCCGUUUACGUGGAGAAGAAAUUCCCUGUGCCAGUGGCGAAACCAUAUCCUGUUCAUAUCCCGAUCUACAAACACGUGGUCCAUUAUACGUCUUCCAAGGGUAAAGGAUGGAAAUAGAAUUCACGGAUAUUACGUAUAAUCUUAUUAUCGUGUUCCAUCAAGAAAUCCAUUGUACGGAAAAAUCCUCUCGAUUUCAGCCAGUUCAACGAUUGUAUUAAUGCAAA